UGGUCUCGGCUCGCCCCGCCCCUUUCGGAGAAGAUGGCGGCGCCCGUGUGUAAUGCGCCGGGCCUCUGGCUGCGAUGCUCCGGGCGGCGGCGUGUCGGCGGUCUCUUUACUCUCGUCUCAAAGCCAUUUUGUUCGGCCGCUGCUGCGCCUGGGACCCUGAGUGCCCAGCGAUUAGCGGAGAAGCUUCGAGCCCAGAAACAGGAACAGAAGACGAAGAAGCAGCUGGCGCCCACUAGCCCUGUUCAGCGGAGAGUGCACGAACUGGUGCGGUUCACACAGCAGCUGCAGCGAGUCCACCCCAACGUGCUUGCCAAGGCGCUGAGCCGCGGCGUUCUGCACCAAGACAAGGAUCUCGUGGUCAUCAACAAACCCUACGGUCUCCCGGUGCAUGGUGGCCCUGGGGUCCAGCUCUGCAUCAGUGAUGUAUUGCCUAUCCUGGCAAAGAUGCUUCAUGGCCACAAGGCAGAGCCCUUGCAUCUGUGCCACCGGCUGGACAAGGAGACUACAGGUGUAAUGGUGUUGGCCUGGGAGAAGGAAGUGGCACAUCAAGUCCAAGAGUUUUUUAGAACCCGUCAGGUGGCAAAGAAGUACUGGGCCAUCACUGUGCGCGUCCCGGUGCCCUCAGCAGGAGUCGUGGAUAUCCCCAUCACCGAGAAGGCGGUGCAGGGUCAGCAGCAGCACUACAAGAUGACGCUGUCUCCAGACUACCGCAUGGACAAUGGGAAGAUGGUGAGAGUACGCAGCAACUGGAACGCACAUAUUGCCGUGACUCAGUAUCAUGUGCUGAGCAGCACUCUGUCCUCCGCCCUCGUGGAGCUCCAGCCUAUUACCGGAAUAAAACAUCAGCUUCGAGUUCAUCUGUCUUUUGGAUUGAAUUGCCCAAUCCUUGGUGAUCACAAGUACUCAGACUGGAAUAAGCUGGCCCCCCAGAAGCUGUCUCUUGGUACCCUCAAGAAGCUAGGGCUGCAACAGACGAAGGCCCGCCACCUCCCCCUUCACCUGCACGCCCGCCAGCUGAUCCUGCCAGCCCUGGGGUCCAGGAAGGAGGAACUCAGCUUGGUUUGCAAGCUUCCUCGCUUCUUUGUACUCUCCCUGAGACGCCUGGACUUACAGAUGCCAAGUCAGGAUCAAAAUGGGGACGAUGAAGGUGGACAUCUGAGAGCACAGUGAAGACCUAUGGGCAGUUUGGCCGUGAAUCCUUCCCUUUGUUUAAUGAACUUUGCUCACUUCUGACUUGGGACAGACUCCAGAAGACCCAGGUGUGGCAAGUGGAAGAAACCCAGCUGCUUCUGGACACUAAUUUCCAUUUGCUGAGACUUUGGCCACACUCUGGAAGAGCCUGCGGGAAGUAUCCCUGCCUCAGAGUCUCCUCGCCCAGAUGGAAGGGAGCCGAGGACCAGGCAGAUGGGGUCAGUGAUUGGAAAAGGAGAAGCUACAGCACAGAUCUGUGCUCAGAACUGUUUAUAUCCAACAAUAAAGCUCUUGAUCUUUCA